AUGGGAUCUCUGGCGCACCUACCCGAAGCCCUCUUGUCCGAUCCCUACGCGCCUCGCGUCCUUGCCCGCAAAAACCGCGCAGAUAAACCCAUACCGUCGACGGCGACUAGCCCCCCCGGAUCAAUACCCAGCUGCCGGCCCGCCCCCCCGCCGCUGAACCCUGGGUCCACCCCCCCUCGUACCCACUCUGUAGAUAUAACCGCGGCGGGAACAGGACGCCACCGGACCCCCCCACGCCCCAGCCGGGCUGUGCCCGCACCGCGCCCACCCCCAAUCGACCGCCACCGAGCCGCCCUUCCGGGGGUACGCCCCCACGCCCCCAUGAAAAACUCAGCCCGUGAUACUCCUGGAUUAGCACAGCACCAGAGAGCAUCUUCGAAUGCAAGAUUAAACAUCUACUCCCAGGUAACAUCAGCAAUGCAUUCCUACCAGCCCCCGCGCCCUGCUAUAGCCGCAUCGCCCCGCACUCGCGCCACCACGCAUUGGCCCUUGUCUGACCGCAUCAACCGCCGCGCCGCUACUCGAACGGAUUACCUGGUGGAUACAACCCCCCCCCCGCGCCCGAAAACACUGGAAUUACUCCUCGCCCCUCUCCGGCCAAUAAAGAGGGAAACGACGCGCCCCUGCAAAGUACUAAUAGAACGCAAAUGGGUCAGUAGAGAUAGCACCCCGGGUACCCCAGGGCCCGAAGAUACACUCGCAACGCCCGCCGCUUAUGCCUCUGCCGCACCGAGUCAUAGCGUGCCUUUCUCUACGAGCCACGCGCGCCGCUUCGCCAACACCCCAAGGCGCCCCUCGCCGAGGGCCAGCCCACCCGCCCGACCACCACCGCUCCCGCCACAUCCUCGCUCACCGCCGCCCGCCACGGACCCACCCCCGGAGACACUCAACGCUCGCCCUCACACGCACCACCUCCCUCUCCCCAGUCUCGGCCUCACGCCGCCCCGUAACACUUCCCUCCCCCCGUACUCGCAGCCCCCCCAAUCGCCCACACGUCCCCAACCCAUCGCAUAA